AAUGCAUCCUGCUUUUGACAGGCUAGUUAAAUGUAUUUUAUUAUUGAAGAAUUAUCAUCACUUAGUCACAAUUGCACCUCGUACAUAAAUCCUACUCCACUCCAAAGUAGAAAUGGCAAUUGGAAGGCCGAGUCGGGUUCGUAUAAUAUCCUUAAGCGUUUUUUAUUAUUUCGCAUUUCAUUAUUUCAAGUUCUAGCCUUGAUCAUUUUGAUUUUAUGUUGUUUUGUUUUCAUAGAAAAUAAAAUAGUGAAAAUUCGGAAAAAUAGAAAAAAGCAAGGAGAUUAUUGUAAUUUUUGUAGCAUCUGGAGGGGCAUUUUGGAGACAGUCCCUCUAGGAGUGCAGUUUCCCACGACUCGUCUCCUUUGUGGCACUGGCACUUUCAUUGACUAAAUUAGAAAAAAGAAAAACUCAAUUUAAUACUAGAUUUAGGAAAUCUAUAUUUCUUUUAUGUUCUAAAAAGAAUUUCUUUUGGCUAUUUCAUAUUUAUUAGAUGGCCAAUAUAUAUAUAAUAAAAUUAUAAAUAUGUGUCACUAUAUGAUUAUUUAAAAUUUAAGCAUUUAAAACUGUUAAGUGUAAUAUAUCAGAGUGGUGAAGAUUUUGUAUUUUACAUUUUCAUAAAUAUCCGAGGGUUGAAGAUAAAAGGCUUGUUUUCAUCUAAGGGCUGAGAUUUGUUCACCGCCAUUGCCAAUGUAAUAUAACCCACUCCAACUGCCACUGCAAAGAUGUCGUAGCAAAUUCUGAACCCACUAGGAAUGGAAUCGGAAUUAGAAGUCCAGGAAGAACUGAAGAAGGAUUUGCUUGCCUUGAGAAAACUGUAUGGGCUGCUCCAAACCUCCUGUUUAGAUGUGGAUGAUAGAGCAAGAAUACUUUUCAAGAAUCUGUUAGAUACUGCUAGAGACAACUUUUUAUGCAUCCACUCUCAGAUGAUAGCUACUGCAGAGCGAUCGGGCACACCCUGUUUGUCCAAACCUAUGCAGGCCACAGCCUUGUCAAAUUGGAAGCCUCCUACAUCAUCCAAGCCUUCAAUUGCUGCAAUUCAGUCUAAUUCUUAUGGAAACAAUUCGCCAAAAUCAGAUACUGACCAAUCACUACUUAUCAAGCCUUCGCUUGUUCAGGCAGUUUCCGAGCAAUCAAGACUGAGUCUUUCCUCACAAAGUAAAUCUCAGGAAAGAAAGAAACGCUGCAGAGUUUGUCAGCAAGCGAGUGUGAGGCCACAGAGGGAAGACAGUAACUACACAGAUGAAUAUGGAGUCAAUGGACAAGCGAUAGACUUUUUGGGUGGCCUAAGACCAGUGACGAGUAAUAAACAAGCGGAAACAGCAAGUGACUUCUCUAAACAAGUGUCCAAUUCAAUUAAACUUGUUGAAUCUAGCAUUUUUACUUUGCAGCUUGGUUCUGCAGGUAUUUUUGAUCCAACAGAAGUUACUGCUACUCCUAUCAUGCAACCAAAAAUAGAAGAAACUGCAACAAGCAAAUUCGGUCAUACCACCGAUGACACUAGCAAAGGAACUUUGGUUUUGGGGAAGAGGGAAAAACUUUCUGCUCCUGAGAAUAGAAUGACCCCUAAUGGCAAGAUUUCCCGGGCAGUUGAAUUACUGUGCCCAGGCCAGAGUCAGAACAUGAAUUUCAAUUUGGGACGAGUGAAGCGGGUAAGUGGAGCACCAAGUCAGGCUAAUGAAUCUUUGACAUAUCAGUAUGUUCAUGGCUUUCGGAUCCCUCCGAGUGAGGAUGUUGGCGUGAUAAAUCUUCCCAGCCAUACUGUUAAGAUGAUGAAGAAGAAGCUGCAUAAUCAGAUAACCCAAGACAGUAGUUCCCUCCCUGAUUCAGUGAAGAAGCUGAUUAUGAAGCCGAGUGAGGAUGUUAGCAUGAUAAAUCUUCCUAGCCAUACGGUUAAGAUGAUGAAGAAGAAGCUGCAUAAUCAGACAACCCAAGACAGCAGUUCCCUCCCUGAUUCAGUGAAGAAGCUGAUUAUGAAGCCAAUGCUGCUACGUAAUGAGUCCCCACCUCUGCGUAAGAGAGAUCGCCUGAACAGGAAUAGAGGGAUGAACACCAAGAGGCCGAUUGUGGGUGGUCUACAUCAGCAAAAGACAUUCCCUUAUCACCAAGAAACAGGCCAGAUUUCCAUGUCGAGUUCUACCACUUCCUAUAGCUCGACAAGUCGGCCGGAAACCAAAUUCAGCACCAGCUCCAGCAGCGGUGAUAACAUGCCAGGGCGGUUCCGUAAUGUGACUCCUGAAAGUAGUUUAUAUGACAGUAGGAGUAACUCUUCUCCUCCUUAUAGUUCAGGAAGUUACAGGAAAGUAGAUGUAGGUCCUGCAAGUAAGGCUGCAGGUCCUAGAAGAAUAUUGAGAUCAAGUCCUGAUAAAGCAAUUGGACGGCUGAAAAGGUUGAAGAACAAAUUAAGGCUAAUAUUUCAUCACCACCACCACCACCACCACCAUCAUCACCACCAUCAACAAACUGACACUGACAGGGAUGAUAGUCAUGGUGAUCGUAAAGGGAGGGCUCAAACCACAUCAAUGUGGAAGAACAUGCACAAAAUUUUAGACCACGGAAACAAGCAAAAGGUUUACGAGAAACAAGCAGUUGGGAAAGUGAGAAAAUCAACCAUUAGUAAGAAUAAUCAGGUUGGACAAUUUCAGGCACUGGUGCAAGGGUUGAUAAGGCAUGUUAGGCAUUCAAAGAAAUCAGAUCUACCCAAGGGUGGAAUCCAACGUGGUCACAAGAAGGGCUGGUGGAAAAUGUUUCAGCGCCACCGUGGGGUUAAACUGACCAAUAAAGGGCGUGUUAGACUCCAGUUUACCAGUAAGAAGCCACAGAUAAAAGCAAGUAAAAAAAUGACGUAGCUACCAUACAGGUUGUACAUCAUUGCGUACAUGGUCAUUUGUCUCCUGUAUUUACUUUAUCUGUUCUCACUUUAUACAUUGCCAAUUUGCAUUAUCGCAAUUUGAUCUGAAGUACUUCUCGACGUUCAUCUGAGAAGAGAGGAGGAAAAUAAAAGAAGAGAACAAGUGUUUCUUUUAUUCAAGUCCAAUUGAAUUAGUCAGGAACAAAAAAAUGGGCAUGUUAAAUUUAACCUGAUCAUUCUUCAUGAAAUCUAGGUUACAAGAUUACAGAAUAAAGCUUUGGUUUUAUAUGAAUGUCAAAAGGUAGUAGAGGUAAUAAGUUUGACCUCCAAAUUCUUCUCAGCUUCUCUGUUGGUGUGAAAUUUCACAUUUAUCUGUUUGGUCCUAUCAUACAUGUUGGACAAGAUUUUCAGUAGUGGCAGUUGUAUUGCAUAUUUAUGUCAGAAUCAAGCUUAGUUGGUGAACUCUGAUCGUACCCCAAAUCAGAAAGCAACCAAGUUUCUUAGUCAAUGUUGAGACCUUUCCCUGAUUUUAAUGUGAUAUUUUAUAAUAGUGAAAAGCUAGUUGAAAGCUAAA